AUUUGGAAAUUUCGCAUGUAAAAAUUAAUUUCCCACCUCAAUUUUCCCGUAUUUUGAAUAAUAAUUUUUGUUGCCAAUAUUCCGUGCAAAAUUACGCUGAGACAAUAAAACUGGGGUGCAAAAUUAAUCUCUUGUUCGCGGUCCCAAUACGCCAUGGUAGCCCGCCGUAUUAGUUAACCACCACCACACCACCAGUGUGCAGCAGAUAUGGCGACUUGAAUGGAGUUGCGGUCAAGUCGCCCCGUAUGUUUUUGCCCAGAAUUUCGCGAAGCUGAAAAUUCCGAUGGAUUAACCGGGGAGGAUGGGUGCUAAGGAUUCCAAGCCGAGCGUGAUUUCGUACGAGGACGCUUUCAAGAGAGUAUCCGAGGCUGAUUUUAAACGGCUGAAAGAUGCUUUCAAGAAGAUCGCAGGCCUCAACAAUUACAUCACCAAGAAUGCGUUCAUCAAAGAUGUGCUCGGCGAAGGAGUUCCAGUUCCUGUUGCUGAGCACAUUUACUUGGCCUGUGGUGGGACGUCCAAAGGGAUAACUUUUUCCAAUCUCCUGUGCGGACUGGUCCUCUUGACCAAAGGACGGGAAGAUGAGAAAAUCAAAUUCCUCUUUGGUUUGUAUUCGAAUGAGAGUGGCACAUACAUUCACCGGGAUGAGAUGGUCAAACUCAUCAUCAGUUCUGAAGGUCGACCAAAUGAAACAAUUGCCGCUCUGUUUUUUGAGAGUGAAAAAGUCUCUUACGACCAGUUCAAGGAGUGGCUGUUGCGAUUCCCACAGGCCACUGCUCUUUCCCAAUGGCUCCUGCUUGAGCCAGCUACUAUCCCAAGUCUGCCAGAGGCAGAUUCUCCAACGUUUUACCAAACUUUAGCUGGAGUGACACACUUGGAGGAGCAUGAGAUCCACGGACUUGAGCCUCGUUACUGGAAGCUGCAGUCUACGUCUCCAUCUGGCCAGCUUGAUUUUGAAACCCUAAAGCCGUUGCUCACUCCGCCAGUUCCUCACCAAGCAGUCGAAGGCUUGUUUCGAGCCUUCGACCAAAAUCAUGACCAACAUGUUGACUUUAAAGAGAUGGCAUGUGGGAUUUCAGCUGCUUGCCGAGGCCCGCUUGCUGAGCGCCAAAAAUUUUGCUUCAAAGUUUUUGACAAAGAUCAGGAUGGGCGUCUGAAUGACUCGGAAAUUCACCAAAUGGCUGAUAUUUUACUGCUAGUGAGGGCUGAAAGCUGCGCCACCCCUGACUAUACCAGUUUAGAUUCUGUUGAUGCGAUAGUAAAAAGUUUGGAGCAGCAAGUACCAGGGUGUAUGGAAAGUGGUCUGACUGUGGAGGAUUAUUUAUUAUGGGCUGUCAACAAUCCUCUUACCUCACUUUUCCAGCAGCUAAUUUUUCAGGUUUGCCAUGUUGUAUUAGGACUAAAGCCAACUUCACGCCAAGAAGAGCAAGAGGUGGUUAUGGGUUGGUUGCAGCGGGAGGAGAGGAGAGGUUUCCUACCUGGUCAGUUGUGGUACUUGAUCUCGUACGAUUGGUGGACCUCGUGGCUCGAUUACGUCUCCAACUCUCUGACCAGAGGUGGUUCAGUGCCUAGGCUGACGUUUGCUACCGAGAACCCUCCCAGGAAAACCGCCAGCUCCAGUGCCUUGACCCUCCUAGACCUGCCCACUGGAUUUAGCCCCAGCAGUUCUCCCAUCCCUUCGAGGAAAAAUCCUCCAAGUGGCCUCACCUGUGCUCGUCCUGGCCAAAUUGACAACACGCCCCUCGUCAUACCACCACCAGUGGCUGGGGUCAACAAAAUUCCACCUUUGACCGCUGAAGGUGGCAAACUGAAAAAGUCAAUGCUGGCCAAAGGAAGGGACUACCAGCUUUUGCCACUGGCCCUGUGGAAGGCCCUGGAGCAAUGGUACGGAGGGGCGCCUGCGCUGCCUAGACAAGUCAUCCGACCCAAAGAGGGAGCUGAUCCUGAGCUGGAACUGUACCCUCUGGUUCUCAAGAUCAUGCGCCACCAGGCUAAUCCAAGGACUAACCAGCAACAAACUUGGUCCGACGUUGUCGGUGGUUAUGGUGCUGCAGCAUUAGUGUCUGCUGGUUACGGAUAUGUGCCUCAGAGUACAACACCUAAGAGAUAUGUGGCCUACAUGGCUGCUUUUUCCCGACUAGCCACUGUUCGACAAGUUUACGAAUUUCUGUGCUCCACUUUGAAGCUCAGAGCUGAGGAUGUUAGACUGUGGCAUUGCAAAGAUGAGAUUAACAUGGUAUUACUGGAAGAGGAGGAGCUUACAUUAGAAUCAUUGUGGAUAGAGGACGAUUCGCAAGUGCUGCUGGAGGUUAGAAACAAAGAUCUUACCUGGCCCGAAGAGAUGGGCUCCCUGCAGCAGCAGCAACAGCAAAGUGCCAACAGGCGGCAGAGCAUGCUUGGCCCAACUGAAAAGGGUGCGACGGGUUUGAACAACCUUGGAAACACUUGCUUCAUGAACGCAGCCCUGCAAUGUGUCAGCAACACUAGGCCCUUAACGCAGUAUUUUAUAAACAACAUGCACCUGUACGAGUUGAAUAGGGUGAACCCCCUAGGAAUGAAAGGCAACAUAGCCAAAAAGUAUGGCGAGUUGGUCCACGAAAUGUGGAGCGGAACUGCAAAAACAAUACCUCCCCUCAAGCUAAGGCUGACCAUAAGCAAGUACGCACCUCGGUUCAAUGGCUUCCAGCAACACGACUCUCAGGAGCUGCUGGCCUUUUUGCUGGACGGCCUGCACGAGGACCUGAACAGAGUGCAUGACAAAGUCUACUCCGAGCUGAAAGACAGUGCUGGCAGGCCAGACGUCGAAGUGGCUCAAGAGGCUUGGGAAAACCACAUCUUGCGCAACAAAAGCAUUGUUGUUGAUCUUUUUCAUGGCCAGCUCAAGUCCAAAGUCAUGUGCAGAGUGUGCGGACACGAAAGCGUCCGCUUUGAUCCUUUCAACUACCUGAGUCUGCCCCUGCCUAUGGAGAGCUGCGUCCACAUAGAAGCUAUCGUUGUUCGACUUGAUGGUUCUGUUCCUGUGAAGUAUGGAAUGCGCUUGAAUAUGGACUCAAAGUACUCAGCAGUCAAAGAGCACUUGUCCCAGCUGACAGGCCUUCCCCCGUGCAAACUUUCCCUGACUGAAGUUGCCAGCGCCCAGUUGAGGUUGACCUUUUCUGACUCUGACAAAAUCAAGCCACAGUACGCAAGUCCGUUGUACGCUUAUGAGUUGCCAGCCACCCUUGCCGCCCUCGAAGGUCUUGACGACGAAGAGCGGAGCAGUCUGGGCAGCACUGGGAGUAGAAACAGUGAGGCGCAAACUUUUACACGCAUCCAGCGAAUGACUCGUCCGCCUGCAGACCCAUCCUCAAUGCCUUAUUCCUAUGCUAAUGGUCCCUUGGCGCUCACUCCGUCAGCGAUCAAUACUGCGAAUGGCUUGCUGAAUGGUAACCGCCCUCCCUCAGAGUCUGAGGUAAGGUGGCGUCUGGCAUGCAUGCCCUCCAUUCUCUGUUUCAAGUCUCCGUCGUCAAUGGAAAUGCCUCGUCGGACAGAAAGUGAGUCUUCGCCAGACAGUGCCAUUUGCAGAUUGUCUCCCGACUCGCAGGUCGGUGGAGAGGUCAAAACCAUUAAUCACAGUUCUGAUAGUCAAUUGGGUGGAAGCAUCAGCGGUAGCAGCAGAGGCCGUGGCUCACCGACACCCAGUCUGGGCACAAGCAGCUCAGGUUCGUCUCACCAUCUGCCCACAGCCGAUUGUGAUAGGCCCAACUACAUAAUUGCUCUACACCGAAAAAUGAUUCGGCAAGAAAACUACUUUGUCUCUUGGCAGCGGACUCAACCGAGUUUAUUUGGACUGCCACUGCUUGUACCUUGCGGACAAGGCACCACCCACAAGGCCCUCUACGAGGCCGUCUGGAGACAGGUGGCAAGACUUGUCUCUCCCCUUCCACCUAGUUCUGCCCCCAACCAUGCUCUUGACUGUGAUGAUAGUUUGGGAUACGAGUUCCCAUUUGUUUUGAAAGCUGUUGCCCCUGGCGGCGUGCAGUGCUCCUGGUGCCCUUGGUACAGGUUCUGCAGGGGCUGCCGCAUUCAGUGCUCAGACCUCGAGUUCAACAAUUCCGCAACCCACCUGGCCAUUGAUUGGGACCCGACGGCUUUGCAUCUCAGAUACCAGAAUUCCAAAGAAAAGGUUUUUGUUGAGCAUGAAACAGUGCCAGCCACCCGGCAAAAACAUUCCGAGCCAAUUGGUUUGACGCACUGCCUGGAGGCCUUCACUAGGGAGGAGCAGCUCAGCGAUGAAGAAAAGUACUUCUGCUCAACUUGCAAGGAGCGCCAGCUGGCUACCAAAAAGCUGCAGAUCUGGAGGCUGCCUCCAAUUUUGAUUGUGCAUUUGAAGAGAUUCCAAUAUGUCAACAACAAGUGGAUCAAGUCACAAAAAGUGGUCGAGUUUCCUAGAAACAACUUUGACCCUACGGAAUUUUUGGCUUCGGUGCCCAAAGAAACUCUUCUCCGUCACGCAGAGUUGUUGGAGGAGGAGGCCGAGAAUCCUAAUGGAAUGACAAAUGGAGUGUGUCCCAGACCAAGGGAAAGGGUUGAGUCAACCUCUCUGUCCAACACACCUGUUGUCGAUGGCGCCUUGCAAGACUUCCACCAGCACAAGCUGAUGGAUGUCGCAGACACUUUCAAACUCAACUACAAACUAUAUGCAAUAGUGUGUCACACCGGGAUUCUUGGUGGAGGUCACUACGUCUCCUACGCUUGCAACCCCAACGGCAAGUGGUACUGCUACAAUGACAGUAGAUGCAGGGAGGUGCCUGAGCCACAGAUUGACUCAAGCUCUGCGUAUAUGCUGUUUUACGAGCGGGUGGGUCUGAGUCACGACCAGUACAUGCCGAACGUGGAGGGCAAAACUCCCGACGACCGCACUGACCUGGAUGAGGAAAUAGACUCGGAAAUUCGCAGGAGCAACUGUGUCCUCUCCUAGAUCAGCAAAUGCGUCUACACAAGUCCAAAGAUAUUCACUCUCACCUCUUUGCCUAAUCAAAAGUUUAGUUAUCUCUUCACUUGCACUCUCUCCGUCUCUGUCAGGUAUAUUUUACUACUUUUUCACUACUAUGUACCAUAGGAGGUUAUAUUACGACGGUCCUUAAAUUUAAAAGCAGUGUGGAUGGGCUCCCUACAAAGCUAAUCAUUUGCUCACAGGUAAUUUAUUGUUAAAGUUUGUGUAUUGAUUAUUAUUAUUGUCGGGACCACUUGAUAUUGAUUUGUUCGCUGGAAUACUUUACGGUGCGAGAGUAAGACAAAUCCAUCAUUUGUUGUAUCCACCGAAAUCCACCACAAUUAUUGCUGUGCCAUUCAUGUGUACAUAUUGAAUAAUGGAUAAGAGUGAUUAAUUAACCUUCGUCAAGUGAUAAGAAGUUAAAAAUUCUUUGCCUAGUCUCCUGUACAGCCUGUUGUUAUAAUCGCUCGGAAAAAGAACACUUAAUUAAGUUGGACUUACUCUUAAUUACCGCCAUUAUAAUAAGCGUGCUACUACUCUAAAUGUAUUCCGAUGGAAAAAUAUCAAAUUUAUUGCUUGUUACAAGAUGGUGGAGCAUGGGUUUACUCCCGCAGCUAUAAUCAGUUAUUGUUGAACUUGAACAAAGUCAAGCGAGCGCAUUGUUAAUAAUGAAACUUGAAAAUAAAUCACAUUCCUAUAAGCCUGAACAAAGGUCUAUUUUUAAUUAA